UGAUUUUUUACGUCAUAACUAACUGAAACAGCCUAUAUAUAAUACAAACUUGUGCAUCUUCCUCUACCGCACACUAAAAUUUCACCAAUUUCCUGCUUGUCCAACCCAAUGAAGCUUCACAACCCCAAUUUUCCUGCAUUAUUAUGCUCUACAUUCCUUCAUAUCAUUCUAUUCCUUACUGUAACCCUUCUAUGCUUGAAACCUGCCACCUCUUCUACCACUCCAACAAAUGAGACUGACCGUUUGGCUUUGCUCAAAUUCAAGGAAUCCAUUGACAAUGAUCCAUAUGGAAUCUUGAGCUCAUGGAAUGUUUCUUUCCACUUCUGCAAUUGGCAUGGAAUUACAUGCGGCCGUCGCCAUCAAAGAGUCACAACCUUAGAACUACAAGGUCAUAACUUGCGUGGCACCAUUCCACCUUGUAUCGGCAACCUCACCUUUCUUAGGGCCAUCAACCUUCAAAACAAUAGCUUCUAUGGUGAAAUUCCAAAGGAAGUUGGUCAGUUGUUCCGAUUGCGAGAACUCAAUCUUACAAAUAACACGUUAGGAGGAGAAAUUUCAACCAACUUGUCCAACUGCUCUGAACUUAGGCAUAUAAGAGUCUUGAACAACAAACUUAUUGGGAAAAUUCCCAAGGAGCUUGGCUCUUUGACCAAGCUUAUUUCUCUUCAGGCCUCCAAAAACAAUUUCAUAGGAGGAAUCCCAGGUUUCUUGGGAAAUCUUUCAUUACUUGUAUAUUUUUCGGCAGCCUAUAAUCAUUUAGAGGGAAAUAUUCCAGAAAGCGUAGGCCGUUUGAAAAGCUUAUCAUAUUUCAUAGUUGGAAGCAAUAAACUGAACGGUAUGGUCCCCUCCUCUCUCUACAAUAUAUCAUCUAUUAGAAUCUUGUCAAUUGAACAAAACCAGCUUAGUGGUACCCUUCCAGAAAAUAUAGGCCAUACUCUCCCUAAUCUCCAUCUUUUUACAAUAGGUGUUAACAAAUUCUUUGGGUCAAUCCCUAGUUCUUUGUGCAAUGCAUCUAAACUUCAAAUACUUAGCCUUAUCAAUAAUAGUUUUGUGGGGUCAGUUCCAACAAAUUUGGGUUAUCUACAAGAUCUUAAAGUCCUGCAACUAAGUAUAAAUAAAUUAGGAAAGGAUUUGGACUUUUUAACGUCUCUAAGAAACUGUUGCAAAAUGAACAGGCUAGCAUUUGCAGGAAACCGAUUUGAAGGUGUUUUGCCCAGUUCUAUAGGCAACUUGUCAACACAACUCACAGAAUUAUAUUUGGGAGGCAAUAAAAUAUCUGGAACUAUUCCUGUAGCAUUGCAGAAUCUCAUCAAUUUAAUUAUCUUGGGCAUGGAAGAGAAUCUUUUCACAGGUAUGAUACCUAUCUAUUUUGGAAAGUUACAAAAGAUGCAAGGGUUGAAUUUAUCAGGAAACAAAUUGUUAGGGAAAAUCCCAAGCUCUAUUGGUAACCUCACUCAAUUGGUUGUAUUGCUUUUGUUUCAAAACAAUUUAGAAGGAAGCAUUCCUCCAAGUAUUGGUACUUGUCAAAGUUUACAACAGUUGGAUGUUUCACAAAAUUACCUUAGUGGAGUCAUACCCCAACAGGUUUUUCAAAUUUUUUCUUUGUCACUUUUACUCAAUUUAUCCCACAACUCAUUUAGUGGCAAAUUACCUGUUGAAGUAGACAGUUUGAAGAAUAUUAAUUCAAUGGAUGUCUCUAAAAACAAUUUUUCCGGUGAAAUACCUACAACAAUUGGAAAUUGCAUGAACUUAGAGUACCUAGACUUGCAAGGGAAUUCCUUUAAUGGGACCAUACCUUCUUACACUUCGUCUAUGGCUUCCUUGAAAGGCCUUCAACAUUUAGAUGUUUCACGAAACAACUUAUCUGGAUUAAUUCCAAAGGGUCUAGAAAAACUUUCAUUUUUAAAAUAUUUGAACAUUUCGUUCAACAAUAUUGAGGGUGAGGUACCAACAGGAGGAGUUUUCAGAAAUGUAAAUGCAAUAUUAGUUAUUGGAAACAAUAAGCUUUGCGGGGGCAUUCCACAAUUGCAAUUGACAACAUGCCACAUCAUUACAAAAUCAAGAAAGUCCUUUACUUCCAAAGUAACAAUCACAAUUAUUUGUGUGGUUGUAUGUAUCCUUCUAGUUUCAUCAUUUCUUGCUCUUUAUUGGAGGAAAAGGUCAAAAAAGAAACCAUCUUCAAUAGUCUCAAAGAUGGAUCUCCUUCCAGCAGUUUCAUACAAAAUGCUCCAUCAAGCGACUAAUGGAUUUUCUCCCGACAAUUUGAUUGGAUUUGGUAGUUUUGGAUCAGUAUAUAAAGGAAUUCUUGAUCAAGAUGAAGGAUUAGUUGCUGUAAAGGUUCUUAACCUUCAAAACAAAGAUGCUUCGAAGAGUUUUAUGGCAGAAUGCAAUGCAUUAAGAAAUGUUCGGCAUCGAAAUCUUAUAAAGAUCUUUACAUGUUGCUCCAGUAUAAAUUAUAAUGGUGAUGAUUUCAAAGCUCUAGUUUUUGAAUUCAUGACAAAUGGGAGCUUGGAAAUGUGGUUGCAUCUGAUGAUAGAUAGUGACAAUCAAUCAAAAAAUUUGAGCGUUCUUCAAAGACUAAUUAUUGCAAUUGAUGUGGCUUUUGCUUUAAACUAUCUUCACAAUCCUUGUGAGAAAAAAAUCAUUCAUUGUGAUUUAAAGCCAAGCAAUAUUCUUCUUGGUAGUGAUAUGAUUGCUCAUGUAAGUGAUUUUGGCUUAUCAAGGCUCCUCACAACUUCGAAUGAUUCUUCCCAAAAGUGUACUAGCACAAUUGGAUUAAAGGGAUCUAUCGGUUAUGUUGCUCCAGAGUAUGGCAUGGGCGGUGAAGUAUCAACUGAGGGGGAUGUAUAUAGUUAUGGAGUCCUUGUGUUGGAAAUGUUCACAGGAAGGAGACCCACUGAUGAUAUGUUUAAAGAUGGUCUCAAUCUCCAUAACUUUGUGAAGAUGUGCUUACCAAAAAGGCUCAUUCAAGUUGUCGACCCAAUGCUUUUGCCAAGAGAAGUUGAAGAAAUGGAAGUAGCAACUGCUACGAUGAUGGCAACAAAAGAAGAUGACAAUGACAAGGACAUUGAAGUAGAAGAAGCUAAUAAUAUUGAGGACUCUAGGCAUAUUGAUGUGGAUAUGCAAAAAUACUUACUCUCAAUCCUUAAUAUUGGAAUCUUAUGUUUAUUGGAAUCUCCAAAAGAGAGAAUCAAUAUAGAGGAAGUCAUUAAGUAACUCCAAUUGAUAAAAAGUACUUUUGUUGGUUUGGGGAUUCGCAGCGGUAGACCGAGUAGAGCUCAAGUAAGAGGCAUUUCAUUUUAA